GCUACAAGCACAAGAGCGGAUUCCCUCGAGGACUGCGGAAAAGCGCGGUAGCAGGUCACGGUAGUUCAGGAUAGCGAUAUGAUUGCCCUCUACGUACCAGAUGUAGACAUUGUCGGAUCAGUAAUCGCAGCCAUGAGAGGUUCCCGUUCUUCUGUGUUUCAAUUCCUGUUGGCGGUUGGGUCAGCCCAAGCUGUCACUCCAGAGGACUGCGCAUCCUUUGCGAGCCGUCUUAGUCUCCCGAACACGACAAUCCACGAAACAACUUUCAUCGCAGCAGGAACAAACAUCUCGCUCCCUGACAAUCACCCGUCAUGCGCAAUCCCCUUUCAAGUUUCCAGCGUGGAUAUCUGUCGGGUCGUCUUUGUCACUACUACAGGGCCGACAAGCAACAUCUCCCUUGAAGCUUGGCUUCCAUCAGAAUGGAGCGGCCGUUUCUUAGGCACUGGCAAUGGCGGCAUGAACGGAUGCAUUAAAUACGGCGACCUCAACUACGGGGCCACACAUCAGUUUGCUACAAUCGGCACCAAUAAUGGCCACGACGGAACGUCUGGUGCUCCCUUUCUCAACAACCCCGGGGUGAUUGAGGACUACGUCUACCGCGCCGUGCACCUUGAAGCUCAUUUAGGCAAGGAGAUUGCCCAGCAAUACUACGGCAAAGAGCACACCAAGUCGUACUACUUGGGCUGCUCUACAGGCGGUAGACAGGGGUUCAAGGAGGCCCAGAGUUUUCCGGAAGACUAUGACGGCAUCGUCGCAGGCGCUCCUGCUUUCGACCUGAUUGCACUCAUGUACUGGACCGGCCAGCUUUUCCUCAAGACAGGGACCAAUGAGACCUCGCGAUUCCUUUCUCCCGCGGAAUGGGAGCUGGUGUAUGCAGAUAUCUUCAAGCAAUGCGAUGGAUUGGACGGCCUCGAAGACGGUAUUCUCGAAGACCCGAGCUUGUGUCAAUACAGACCUGAGGGUCUCAUCUGUUCCGGGGGCUCCUCGGACAGCUGUCUGAGCGGAGAGCAAGCAGCUACUGUGCGGGCCAUCUUUUCUCCAGUUUAUGGCUUGGAUGGGCAGUACAUCUUCCCUCGGCUGCAACCUGGGUCCAACGCGACUGCUCGGCUUCUUAACGGGCAGCCUCAUCAAUAUCCCUUGGACUGGUGGCGAUAUGUCGUCUACAACGAUACCAAAUGGGAUCUCUCGACAAUGACACCGGAGGAUUAUGCAGUGGCUUCGAAACAAGAUCCAUGGAAGGUGUCAACUUGGGAAGGCGACUUAUCCGCGGCUAAGGAUCGUGGAGUCAAGGUCCUGCAUUACCAUGGCAUGCAGGACAAUGCGAUCAGCAGUGACAACUCAGAGAGGUACUAUAACCAUGUAUCACGUACCAUGAACCUUCCUUCAAAGGAGCUGGACGACUUUUACCGGUAUUUCCGAAUUUCUGGCAUGGCGCAUUGCCGCGAUGGCACUGGGGCUAGCAUGAUAGGUGGCAACCCGGAGACAUUCGCGUCGUACGACCCAGAUGCUAACGUGUUGGCGGCAAUUGUUCGCUGGGUUGAGGAGGGCGUGGCACCCGAGUUCAUUCUUGGUAGCCGCUUGACGGCCUCCGGGGAGGUCGAUCUGCAGAGGAGGCAUUGUAAAUAUCCCACACGAAACGUAUUCAAGGGACAGGGCGACCCCUCGAAGCCAGAUGGCUGGGAAUGUAUCUAG